GCGACAGGUCCAUGGAAACUCUCUUCAAAUGGAAGCAAGAAUCAAACCCAACUUUUUAUGGCCUUGGUCGUCCUGUCCUCUCUCUAAAAUAAUAAAAAAAAAAUUCGAAAACAUACCCGUUCGUGUUGAAUGACCACAUUCUUCCGACAACUUUCAAGGGCAUUUUUUAAAAAAAAAAAAAGCCCCAUAAACUAAAACUAAAUCCAACAGCCGAAAACCCGAAAAUCCCAAAUAUCGGAACCCCCUCCCCAGCAGGCCCUCAACACGCGCUAACUCAACAAGAGCGCUACGCACACUUUAUCCCCUGUCGUGACGUGGAAGGGGCACAAGAGCUCAUCCCAAAACCACUCACGUUCUGGAGCAGUUCUAAAAAAGAUAGGAAAAACAAAAAGGAAUAUGGCGCAAGUUGGCAGUUUUUUGUGAGCUAAUCCUCCUUCUUGAAAGUGACUUCAUGGGGACUCAAGUAGAACAAAUGGCUCUCGUUUUUUCUUUAUUGUAUGUUUUUCUGUGCCAUAGCCAGUCUUGGGAAUCGGAAGGUUUUUACAGACUGUGACAAAACUCUACAUAACAGCAUUACGUCCUCUGGUCUGAACGGGGCUUGCAGAAGCGACUCGGCAUCCAAUUUUGUUUACGUCCCGCCCUUCUCCAACCUGCAAAACUCUCAUCUUCCCCCCCAUCCCCAUUAAUUACCCCCAUCAAGAAACACAUUUUAGGGAGAAUGUUUACCCUUCCACAUAUGCUACCACCGCCCAAAACUCCACCCCCAAAGACUCCUACACCAGUAGAACAGGAAUCACGUCUGGUGCGGUUGGAAAAGUAUUUGGAGAAAUUGCAAGAGCAACUUGCUUUGGAGAGUGUCCCUGUGUCGGAAGCAAGUUCAAGUCUUGUCAAGUGCUCACAGUCGAUGCUACUGCAUGAUCCGCUCAUCCCGUCGUCAUAUGUAGAAAAGAUUUACCCAGACGAGGAACGUCCCCCCAACAUUUACAAGGACCGGUCUGCCAAUUUGAAGCGAAUGUGUGUGCAGUCGUGUAGGGUGUUGUAAAAAAGUUGUCAUCUCGUUGUUCAAAGAACUGUAUAGUUAGGUUGGCAGUGAAGGAGGACAAUAAGUAGUGACCAGUGUUUCUCUUUCUUGCACAUAAAAUAUCUUGAUGGUAUGUAUGGGGAGAGCAGUCAUCAAAUGCCACAUCCCAUUUCCAAUGUAAAUAAAAAGUGCCUUAAACCAAA